AUGGCGCCACUAGAGGCGACUAAACGGCGAAGGGCCCCUGAAGGGGCCCCAGGUUUCAUUCCUGUGGAAUUAGAUGCAGGGGCUACGCCUUUUCGUGAAGGACGCGAUCGACUCCUGAAUCCGCUAUCUCCUUCACCAAAUCCGCAUUUCAAUGGAGCACUGCAGCAAUGCGUUUACCCGCACAUUUUGUCAUUCAACACUUUUGCAGAUUGCUAUGUGGAGGAAAUGGUCAAAGAACUGCCAUUUAUCUACGUGGAUCCCUACUAUGAUCCAGACCGACAUGAAGCCAAUCCAUACUAUAAGCCUUCUGACUAUCUCAAACUGGGGAUUGCAGAUGCCGUCCUGGGCUACCCCCAGAAAGGCGGCAUGGGGGACCUCCAGGUUAAUUCAGAAUACAGCAACAGGCUGCUCCCCCGCCACUGCAGAGAGUCGCACGUCUCGUAUGGGGCCCCGCUUCAUGUCAGCUUCGUUUGCUGGAGGACUGGAGACGAAAACAACGUGGCAUUCAAGAAGACCAUGGUAGUUGGUCAGGUGCCAGUUAUGGUAAAGAGCAACCGGUGCAGUCUGUCAGGCAUGAGCCCGACUGAGAUGGUAAAGGCUGGAGAGGACUUGGAUGAACUAGGCGGCUACUUUAUCAUUAAUGGCAACGAAAGAGUGCUGCGCUUUGUCAUUCAACAGAAGACGAAUUACCCCAUUGCUCUCAAAAGGGAAAGCUUUAGGAACCGCGAGAUUUUCGCAACGGACCUUGCAGUUCUUCUGAGAAGCCAGAGGCAAGCUGCACGCAAUUGGCCCCGAUUGAUGCAUCUGCUGUUCGAUGGAACUUGCACGUCAAACAUACUAUUGGAUACAGAGGACGGGCGAUGCUGUUAUCGUAUCUUGCUUAAUAGACAGGAGCAUUUCUGUCCGUUCCUCCUGCUCCUGCGAUGCGUUGGCGGGGGCCUCUCACUACAGCAGUUCAAGCUUAAGUUCAUGGAGGGGUCAUGGAGCGACAUCACCGAAGCCACGCAGUUGCAUGCACUAUUUGAAGAAGCAUGGGGGAACGAGAAGGACUUCGUGGAUACUGAUAUAAUGGAACAUAGACCUCUGCACCAGCUCGGCCAAGUGUUCUGGAGAGGUGUGGCCUGGCUGCUGCCUCCUGGUAGUACCUAUGAAGACGCCGGGAGAUUUGUUAUCGAUCGGUACGUGCUCGUCCAUGUAAAGGAUUGGGCUAGCAAGUUCGAGACGCUCUUGUUGAUGUUCCGAAAACUACGGCAGCUGCGGGCAGGAAAGAUACCGCCGGAGAGUAUGGACGCUUUCUCGUACCAGGAGGUAGUUCUCCCCGGCCAAAUCCUUGCAUCAGUUCUAAAGGACGCACUGUUCAGUGCAUUGAUCAAACUCCGCACACAGUAUACUAUGGAGCUAAGGCAAGUCAAGGCCGCUGGCCACGACCCUAGUCUAGUCAUAUCCUCGAACAAAUUCUUUGACGCCGCCACGGAUCGAUGCGCUUCUGAAAUUGGCCACAAGGUCAACUACUUCAUGGCCACAGGCAACAUUCGGACGAACCAACUUGAUCUUCAGCAGGUAGAAUGCAAUACUCUCAUGAUUUUAACUGGUCAACUUGCGCCGUUAAGUGUAGGGACUCUCACAGUUCGCAAGCUUUUAGGGGAAAGCUGGGGUUUUCUGUGUCCUGUUCACACGCCCGACGGUGCCCCCUGUGGGCUUUUAUUGCAUUUGUCCCAGUUCGCUCAACCAGUAGCUGUGCCGCCUGACAGGGGGGCACUGGCAGCUGUACGGCUGUUCAUGAAGGCCCGUGGGGCAUGCGUAGAUCUUGAAGGCAUCUCAGGACUGCCUCCUUCGGAUCUUGGGGCUGCUGCAGGGGCACAGGCUGUCGGGCAGCUUGGCAGGGGAGGCGUGAAAUGCAUACCUCUCGUUGUUGACGGUGUAGUUGUGUGCAAGAUACGGAAAGCCGAGUUUGGAUUUUGGUUCGACCAGUUACGUCACGCAAAAGGAUGUGGAUUAGAAGGAUUUAAAACUCAUUGGGAGUUAGUUGGAUUUGAUGAGGAGAGCAAGCAAUUCGAAGGCAUUUUUAUGUUUACAAUGCCCGGCCGGCUUGUUCGUCCAGUUAAGCACUUGGCUAGCGGACGCGUUGAGUUCAUAGGGCCUCUACAGCAACCGUGGAUGUCUAUCGCGUGCCGUGACCGGAACGUGGCGAUUAAUGAGCGUUCUAUGAAGGCUCACCUCCCUAUUAUUCAAGAACUUCUACGAGAUCAAAGUACAGGAGGAGUGAAGACAGAGGAAACGGAGAAUCAGAGCAGUCUGGAGAGGCUGGAAAAUGCUUACCAAGGAUUGCUCGAUGCCGAAGGCGACACGUCGACGCGUCGAAGUGACUCCAGAACUCUGAGCAGUGUGAAAGAAUCUCGAGAGGCCCUGGCCACCAGCCAUGUUCCACUGCAUUACGACUACGUCGAACUGAGCCCAACGGCUUUCCUUAGUGUCACGGCGGCGCUCACUCCAUUUAGUAAUCAUAACCAAAGCCCAAGGAACAUCUAUCAGUGCCAAAUGUUAAAACAGACCAUGGGCACGCCUUUCCAUGCGAUACCGUUUAGGCAUGACAACAAGGCCUAUCGCCUCAUAACUCCGCAGAAACCUCUUUUACGGACUCGAGAUUACCGGCAAAUUGAUUUCGAUGAUUAUCCAACUGGAGUGAACGCAGUUGUUGCCGUCAUGUGCUAUACUGGCUUUGACAUGGAAGAUGCCAUGAUUCUCAACAAGUCAUCUGUGGAACGUGGCUUGUUCCAUGGAUGUGUCUACAAAACCAAGAUAAUAGACGCCGCUCCAAGUGGAUCGCGUGCACAAGAGGCUGAGGAGUACCAGUUCUCGAAUACUAGCAAGCUCGGCCGCAGGUGCAUCCCGUCGCUUGAUGCUGAUGGAUUUCCAGCUAUCGGUGCAAAGGUCACUCAGGGAAAGACUCUUUGCAGAUCGCAGAGGCACACGCAUUCAACGGCUGCCCAGGCGCCUGCACAACAGACCGUCUACAAGGAUGACGAGCCAGCUUACGUGGACGGCGUGACUCUUACUUCGUCCCCUGCGCCUGCAGAAGAACGGGUCCUGAAAACCGGCCUCAGGGGCUGCAGAGCAUCCCUCCGCCUACGCAGCGUUCGGAAACCUAUCAUCGGCGACAAGUUCGCGUCCAGACAUGGGCAAAAGGGCAUUUUGUCCAUGCUUUGGCCUCACGAAGAUAUGCCUUUUUCAGAAUCGGGAUUAGUACCAGAUAUACUGUUUAAUCCGCACGGCUUUCCAAGUCGUAUGACGAUCGGCAUGCUUAUUGAGAGUAUGGCUGGCAAGGCAGCAGCAGUCCAUGGAGCUUUUCAGGACGCAACGGCCUUUCGAGAGUUCAAGAAACAGCAGAAGACAGGAAAUCGGUGGAUCGACCAAGAAGGACACCACGGAUAUGUCCUACGUGGGGAGCGUUACCGGACGCCUGAAGAAGAGGCAAUAGCCCAAGAGCAAGGCGAUACUCCUGUAGAUUAUUUCGGUAAAGCACUUUUGGCCUCAGGCUACCAGUACUAUGGGAGGGAGGAGCUCUACAGCGGCGUCUAUGGAGUACCCCUUACCUGUCACAUCUUUACUGGCCUUAUAUAUUAUCAGCGUCUUAGGCACAUGGUAACGGACAAAGCACAAGUACGUGCGACCGGUCCGAUAGAUUCGUUAACUCAUCAGCCUGUAAAGGGCCGUAAGCGGCAUGGAGGUGUCCGUUUUGGCGAAAUGGAGCGGGAUGCCCUUAUUGCUCACGGCGCCGCAGCGCUGCUCCAAGAUCGACUCUUGCAUUGUUCGGACGCACAUCGUGCGUUUUGUUGCCCCAGCUGUGGGAGUAUCUUGUCCCCAGCUCAGUCGCCGAACCUCAAGGGGCGCUCCGUCGGCGGAAAGAGGCCGGUGCCUCUCUGUCGGAUCUGCGCCUUGCCAUGCCGGCUUGUGCAAUUGCCAUACAUAUUCAGGUAUUUGUCCAACGAGCUGGCCUCGAUGAAUGUGACAGUCCGGCUCGAACUAGAUCAUCUGGGAUCUCCUGUCAAGCUUGAGCAUGAAGGUCCGCCAACGCAUGGCGCGGGUGGUAUCUCGGGACAUGCAGGAACUGGGACUGCGCAAGUCUCACUUCCAAAGAGACAAGAUCCCCGACGCGCGCGUGGAAGCGCAGGCGUUGUUAGUGCCUUUAGAUCGGAUGUCCUGUACGUCCUUAAGGCAUAA